AUGGCGAUUCAAUCCGCCUUCAGCUCCUCAUUUCGGCGGGAUUUGGGAGGCUGCCGUCAAGUCUCUCAAGCAUCAUUUGAGGCAACCCUGACCUACGAGGAGAUGAGCACUCUUCUCGCUCAGGUAGAAGCGUGCCUUAAUUCACGACCUCUUCAGGCUCUUUCAGAUGAUCCGGAAGACUUCUCCGCCCUCACGCAAGACCACUUCCUCGUGGGAUCCGCUCUGACCGCCAUACCUGAACCUUCCCUACUGGACCAGCCGAUGAACCAGCUGGCCUGUUGGCGGCUCCUUCAAAAGAUGCGGGACCAUUUCUGGGAAAGAUGGUCCCAGGAAUACCUCCACUCGCUAAUACAUCGCCCUAAAUGGUGGAACAAGGAAUCGGGCUUCACAGUCGGCCGAUUAUGCCUCAUCCGAAACGAAAACCUGCCACCGACGAAAUGGCCUUUGGUACGCAUCAUUCGGAUCCAUCCCGGAGAAGACGGUCAAAUCCGUGUUGUGACCCUCCGUACGGCUACCACAGAAUUAACCCGGCCUAUAGUAAAGCUCAUUCUUUUGCCGGUCGCCGAUAGCGAGGCAAGCAAGGAGGCUCAAAUUUGA